AUGUCAGGAUUUGUCGUUGGGCCAAGUCCUCAAUUCGAUAAACUUGAUGACCCGCUUUCCAUAGAUAGUGCCGCCAUAUUAUCUUCCGAGCCAGAAAUUCAGAAUACAGUUGAUGUUGCCCUUCGCCGUAUUGAUGAAGACAUUGAGAAAAUGGAAGGGGCCAUCCGAGAGCUCAAGUCUCGCCGCAAUAGCUUAGCUGCCAUAUCGCGGCUCCCCCCUGAAAUGCUCUCCAAGAUAUUCGUUUGUUGCGCAGCCACACACGAGCCCCAGCAGCUCAACAUGGAUUGGGUUAAAGUCACCCAUGUCUCACGCCAUUGGCGAACGGUGGCUAUCGGUUGCCCUCAAUUAUGGUCAACGCUUGUUUUCGCGCGACCGAAGUGGGUCGAAGAGAUGUUGAAGAGGUCCAAAAUGGCUCCACUAGUCAUUGAUGCCCGGUUUGGGUACAUGGGCCCAAAAUCGACUGAAGCCGUUCGAUUGGCCAUGAACCAUAUUUCCCGUGUACGGGAGUUAAACAUAGUUUCGCCGGGUGCAUGGUUUGGGAAACUUUUCUCAAGUGUCCCAAAAGCAGCACCCAUCCUUCAAAUCCUUGUGCUGUCAACUUCAACAAAGCAUUCUUUUCAUGACAAUUACUCCAUUCCUCCAGAACUCUUCAGUGAUGACUCCUCUCAACUCCGACGCCUCGAACUGAUACAUUGCAAUAUCGAUUGGACAUCCCACCUUCUCAGAGGUCUUACACACCUAAAAAUCCACGAUACUGCUAUAGGAACUAGACCAUCCACACCCCUGUUUCUCGAUGUUCUAGAGCAACUUCCAACCCUUACAGUACUCGACUUAAAGGACGCGCUUCCCCAUGUUGCUGAUGGCUCUUCGACGGUGUCAUACAAACGCAAGGUUGAACUGCGCUCGUUGACAAAUCUAUAUCUCUCAGGCUCUGAUUACGACUGCUCUGAUGCAUUGACGCAUCUAUCUGUGUCAUCCAUCUCCACACUUAAGCUAUAUUGCCGAAGCACAGCGGUCUCUGAUUUCUCCGCCAUCCUGACCUUUGUCAGUGGCUUAUGGGAACCAACAGCUAUCACAUUGAGUGCUGCAAAACCACCCAUGCGCAGUCUCAAACUCGUGAGCGAUGGUUCAACGGGUUUCAGUUUACAAGCCUGGCCUACCACAUUGUCGUUUGAAAGGUUAUCUGGAGAUCUGGCUUCCAUAGAUUUGAGUUUCCACUGGUCUUCAACCAUUCCGCCCGGAAUUUGGAAUGAGGUAGUCGGAGAGACCUGUGCUGCUUUACCUUUGGCGCAGCUCGCCUCGUUGGACGUUUCCUCAAGCCAGAUGACAGAACAAACGUGGUUGAGGAGGUUUGGGAAGCUUGCACAUCUACGAUCCAUACGUGCACAAGGGAUGGCCGUACACAUGCUUCUCUUAGCCAUGAUUGCUGAGCCUGGUACGACCACCGGCGCAAGUGUGCCUACGAAUUCAUCGACACGGAAUCACUCACGCAAUCCGAGAAAGAUGCCACCCACAGUCUACUUUCCCUCCCUGCGCCAUCUUACAAUCGAAGACACAAGUUUUGAUUCAGAUUACGAUCACGAAUCUGCCGAAUUAGAGGGUUUGAAGGACUGCCUGAUGGAACGUUACGAGAGGAAGGCCGAAGUGCGCAAACUGACGCUUUCUCAAUGUCACCGCCUGACGGCAGAGCAUGUCGACGAACUUAAAGACAUUGUUGUCGAUGUGAUUUGGGAUGGGUUGGAGAUAGGUUUUACAGACUCGGAAGACAGUGAUUAUGGUGAUCAUUUUGGAUUCAUGGGGGACUCGGAUAUGGAUGAUCACAUUUAUGGCUUUGAUUCGGAUGACUACUACGCAUCUUUCCCUUUCUGA